GUCUCUUCCAGGCUAUCUUGGAGGGCCUUGGGGCGUCUGGGGACGAUGUUUUGGAGGGUUCUCCCACGGGGGAGGUCUGAAAUGGCUUGUCUUGGAGGGUCCAGACCCCCUCCCUUUUAUUACGAAAUCUGGAGUAGCCAUUUUGGCUCAAGGCCUCGUUUUCCAGAGCCUCUCGAAUCCACGAGUACUGAAUCUCGAUUGUUUUACGCAUGGCUUCCAAGAAGGCGUCCUUCAGCGUCUUCGUGGGCCCCCUCCUGGUGAUCCUCGGCGUGCCGCACGCAGCCGCUCUCGUGCUAUCCACGGCCACUCUCGAGCCGUGGUGGCAGUCGGAGCUGAAUGACCUGCUGCGGGCCGCAUGGGGCGUGGGGGCCGGUGACCGAAUCGCCGACCCCAGCCCGGGCAACGGGGUGCAGCUCGCCACCAUCGACAACGCCACGGAUCCGUGGGUCGUCUCCGCGGGCCGCGACGAAUGCUCCGGCUGCGACUUCACGGUCGACUUGCGGUGCGAGGGCAUGCGGGCGGGUCGCUACGCGGCUUGCCACCGCAUCACAGAUUGCCUGCUGACCAUGUACGGUAUGAUCCAGCUUGCCCGCACGGCCGCGAGCAGUCGGCCCGACGCCCAGAUCUGCGCGCUCACGUGGACGGAGCCGCUCGGCAUGGACCUGCGCAGCUUCUUGGGGGACGUGGUCGGCAUCAAGUGGCACUCCCUCGUCGACGAGAAGGACAGCUGUGCGAGCGGGCUGCGGUACCAUGCCGGCUACCGGACUUACCUCAUGGGCGCGCAGCAGUCCUACUUGGAUCAGUUCGGACUGGACCAGAACAUGGUCCGCUCCUAUUCCAUCGACCUCAACAUGAACUUGAACUGGAUGCAGCGCGACUUCUCCGCAUUUGUUGAAAAGGACGGUGAUUUUUCGCCGCAGUUCGUCAUCAUCCAUCGCAGGCAAGCUCCUGGGGAUCCAUCGAGCACGCGUUUAUUUCACGACGCCGAUUUGGCGAAGUUGAAGGGCUCGAUGAGUGGUACGAAAUUGGGCAAGGCAGACCUGCCACUCACAGUGUACUACGGAAACGAAAGCGUCGUUGAUACUGUGAGGAUGUUCACCCGGGCCGCGGAGAUCAUCGGCUACCACGGCGCAGCGAUGGCCAACACUUUGUUUUCGGCCCGAAGGCAUUGCGUGCACCACAUCACGACGUUCAGAGAUUUGCAAAGUCAGGUGCACUGGCGCAUCAACGAAGACGUGGCCAGGAUGAACAAGCUGGGCAGUUUCAACGUCUAUGACAUCCCAUUGAUCGAUCUCCUCAACGAUAACAGCGUGAACGUUGAGGAUUACGAGAAAGCCGAAGACCAAGAUCAUUUCAUCAAGGACCUACAGUGGGUACCGCUCUCAGAUUACCACAUUUCACACUUACAAGUUGCUGUGCGUCAUUGCCUGAAGAACUGGGUGGAGGGCCACUGGUAGACUGCCAGCCGACAUGGUUGUCUCACGUGCGAAGACUUUUCGUCCUUGCCUUCCGCAUGGUUUGGGCAGUUGAUUCUCGGAAAUGCAUUCGUGGAUGCAUUCGCAGGCUUGGCCGCGGCACGCGCGCGAGUGCCCGAGGCCGAGCGCCAUCGACUGUUGCUGCACGAGCGUCGCGCACGACUGGUGCGGAUGAGGAUCCCCAGGGCAUCGUUGGACUUCUUGGCGCUUGGCCAUGGAGAAACAAAAAUGGCCGAAGAGACUUCCCAGUCGCCCCGAGAGGGCUGGUGGGAUUAAUAACAUUGCUAUCUCAAAACAGGAUCGGAAAUUACUCCGCCCAUUCCUAUAUGAAAAAUGGGACGGGAUACAUGUCCACGCGGAGUAAUUUCUACUCCGCCCACUGCGUUUACUCCGCCAGUCUUGAGUCAUG